GGCUCAUCUUCAAACAUAUAUGAAAUCGAGCCGGGAAAAGUUCUGAAAGUACCAAGAGAGGUUCCCUCCACAAACGAAGGUCACGAUGCUCUCAAUCGAGAUAGGGCAAAAGGAUUCGAAGUGGAACGAGGAAUCUAUGAAGCACUCGGAGAGAGCAAGCUGAUACUUCCAUUUUACGGAUGUCGCGAAUUCGAGGGCCGCCAAGGAUUGUUGCUAGCCCAAGCCGACAGCAACUUACAGGAAUACCUUGAAGAAGGGCUAGUGGCAGUCACUAUGGCUGAACAUAAACGAUGGUUUUGCCAAGCAGCAGAUGUCAUAGCAUACAUUCACGAUCGUGGCGUCAUGCACUCUGACCUACGGCCUGAGAAUUUUCUGAUUCACGGGCGGGAUAUGUGGCUCAGCGACUUCAAUGGUUCGGUGUGCGAACAGCGUGGGCUGGAUGGCGGGCAACCACCCGAUGCUGGCUUCUGGAAUUUGAAGUUCGAGACGACGCCAGCUACGGACAUAUUUGCUCUUGGCUCUGUCUUCUACGCCAUAGUGACCGGAUGGUGGCCUUUUUGUAAGCCUGGUGUUACGGACAGGCUGGACAGGAAAAACGUCGAACACUAUGAUGAACAGGUUACGAAAAGGUUCAAGGCAGGGGAUUUUCCGGAUGUUUCUUCUUCAUGGGGAAGACAUAUUAUUAUGGGCUGUUGGACUGGCAAGUACAAAAGCGCUGCUGAUGUAAAACAGGAUGUGGGUUUAGUCAUGUAA